GUUUAACAAAUAGUAGCACUUCUCGCGAGAAAAUAAUGAAAAUUUGAUCAAGUUAUCAAUUCAUCUCGAAGGAAACAGCACACCAACAUCAAUGUUUUGCUGCUCCUCAUCGCAUCACUUUCUCACAAAACCAAACCAGUGAGUAAAGAACCAAUGUUCCCUCAUCAAACCACCCUCAUCAUUCUCCGAACAAGUUCAUCUCAACCCCCACCAAACUUCCCCAUUCUCCGACGACACUUCUGUCUCUGGUCAAUGAAAAAAGACCCAGACUUAGAAUCAGCCCUCUCCCGAAACCGACGCUGGAUAAUUAACAACCAAAUCAAAAACAUAAUCCUCCGUUACCCCAACAACCAAAUCCCAAUCGAAACCCUUCAGAAGAAAUUCAAAACCCUAGAUCUUCAAGGUAAAGCCCUCAAUUGGAUUUCCAAAUACCCCUCUUGUUUCGAGCUUCACCAACGUCGCAUUCGUCUCACCAAACGCAUGAUCAACCUCGUUCAUCAAGAACAAACCGUCAGAGAUUCGCUUGAUCCCGUUUUCGCUCAGCGGCUCGCGAAACUCCUCAUGCUUUCGGUUAAUAAUACCCUCAAUGUGUUAAAAAUCAAUGAAAUUAAGAACAGUUUAGGGUUUCCGGAUGAUUAUUUGAUUCGAAUUGUCCCGAGAUACCCCGAUUUGUUUCGGAUUGUUAAUGAGAGUGGGAGGAGAAGCUCUAUGGCGAUUGAGUUGAUUCAUUGGAACCCUAGUUUUGCGGUUUCGGAAGUGGAAGCUUCCGCUUUGAGAAGCGGGGUUGACCCGAAUUUCAAAUGCUGUUUGCCUUCUAGUUGGGUGAAAUCGUUGGAGAAGUUUCGCGAAUUUGAAUCGGUUCCUUAUGUUUCGCCGUAUUCGGAUCCGACGGUUUUGGUGGAGGGAUCGAAGGAGAUGGAGAAGAGGAAUGUGGGUUUGGUUCAUGAGUUGUUGUCAUUGACUCUUUGGAAGAAGGUUUCGAUUAUGAAAUUGGGUCAUUUUAAAAGGGAGUUUUUUUUGCCGGACAAGUUGAAUGUGUUGUUGCUUAAGCAUCCUGGGAUUUUCUAUGUUUCUAAUAAGUAUAGGAUUUAUACUGUUUUACUUAGAGAAGGGUAUGUUGGGUCUCAGUUAGUUGAUAAGGAUCCUCUUGUGGUUGUUAAGGAGAAAUUUGGAGAAAUUAUGCAGGAGGGACUUCAUGAGUAUAACCAAAGGCGAAGACUUGUUAAUAUCGAAAAGAAGAGAAAUAAAGGUGAUCCUUUGAGUAGGGUGGAUGAAGAUGAAAUGAAGGGGAGAAGAAGGAGAAGAAGAAGCAGUGAAGUUUCUGAUGAAGAUGAUGAUGAUGAUGUUGUUGGUGGGGGAAAUGGUAAUAAGUUGGGAGGGUUGCUUGAUCCUGAAGAGAGAAAACGGUUUUAUAAAGUUCUUUUUGAAGAUGAUGGUUCAUGAAUUAAGAUUUGCUUAGCCUAGGCGUGGCAUUGGAUAUAGAUCAGUGUUUCAGAAAACCAAAUUGAACCGGACGGUUUAAGUUUAAUUGGCUGAAUUGUGAGUCGAUAUUGUUUAUGGCUUGGCUAUUUGGGUGGUUCGACCAUAGUUGAUUUGUUUAUUUGAGUGGUUUGGCCGCAGUUUAAAGAAGUUGAACAACGAUCCAGAGAUCUUGCCAGUAGGCUUGUCUUACUACUGAGUCAGUAAAGGAGAAUGAUUUUGUAAGUUCCAUUCUUGGUAGACUGGUGAAUUGUCACGCAUACCACAUAAUCGGGGUCUGGGCGUGUCAAGUAAAAGUCACUCUGUUCCAUCAUAUAAUAUUUCUUCACUCACUGAAGAUGUAAAAGUAAGAGCCCUUGUAAGAAGUAUGGGUGAAAAUUUAUUUUUAUGUGGAAGUAAUAAAAGGGCCGUAAUUGCAACUUUGAGCAUUCCGGGGAAUGAUAUUCAACGUUUUGAAGGAAUCUCAGUGGAUGAGGCUGUUGCAAGCUCACUUAAAGCUCUUUCUAUUGAAUCUUCCUUGGAUCUGCUGAAAGUUCUUAGAGUUGAAACUCACACGUCAGAAACAACUGCUUUUCAGAGGCUUGAAGCAAUUAUUCCUUUCUUCCAAAGUCGU